AUGGCGGUGAGUUUUUGAAUUUUGAAUUUUCGAAGUUUCUGAAUUUUAUAUGAAAGCUACUAUGAUGUGGCAAUCAAAAAAAAAAUUUAAAAAAUUGGGUUUUCACACAAAUUUCGAUUUCAAAUCUGAAAAUUUGGCUGAAAAUCUACAGUACUCAAAUUCUUCACUCCCACAUCCUUCCCUCUAAAUUCAAAAAUUCACACAUAUUUUUCAUAUUUUGUGAAAUGUUCAUGUGUUACACGAACUUAUGUGCAUAAAAAAUCAGAUUCCUCGGGAAUAUUGUUUUUUUUGCUACACAUAUGAAAAGACACAAACACACAAAAAAUAAAUCAAAUUAUAUUGCAAGUUUUGUUUUGUUCUGUUUUUCCUCAUUUUUUGGGUGAAACUGAAAACUUGAAAAAUGUUGGUGGAUAUUAGGAAAGCUUCGACGACUCAGGUGAGAUAUUUGAAAUUUUUUUUUUCGAAGAAAAAAUAGGAGUCAUGCAUUUUUAAUGUUUUUUUUUCUUCACAAAAAUAAAUAUAUUUUUUUUUAUAAAUUUGCUCAUUUAAAUUCAGGGUGGAUUUGGAUUCGGAAAUUUUGAAAAAUAAUAGUUCCAGAUUUUUCUGAGAAUCCAAAAAGGUUUUGAAAUUAGAUGUAACAUGAGCAACAUUAGAAAAUUUUCAUAAUAUGAGCAAUGGUGAACCUAGAAGUUUUUGAAAGCUUCUUGAGUUUCAGAUUUUCUAAAAAAAAUUAAAUUCUGUGAAGUUGGGAUAACUCAAAUUUUCGUUGAAAAAUUGAGCUUCUAAAAUUUUUUUUGGACAAAAAAAUUCCAAGAAUUUCUGAUGAAAAAUUCAGAAGAUCGAAAAACUUUACUUACCGUAACUCAAAAAUCUACAGGACCCCAAAAUUUUGGAAAAAUCAAAAAAUCAUAUUCUCAAGAAGAACUCAAAAGUUUCAAAUUUCAAUGUUUCCAACAAAAACCUGAAAUCCAAACAUGUUGCGAUGAAAUUAGUCUACUUUUUGUCUUCCUCCCUCGUUUUUUCUUCCUUUUUCUUCUUCUUUUUUUUCCUACGCUCAUUUCCUAUGCUUCUUCACAUAACAUGCUUUUUCUAUCCAUUCUUUUCUAGUUUUAGUUGGUCCGUAUAUUCGAUUCUCCCUCUCUCUUUCUCUAUUUCUAUUUCUCUAAUCUCCCCCUCUCAACGACAAAAAAAAUACGAAGCCAACUUUUUUCUGACAUUUCGAUUUUGCAGUGUUCAAGGGUUCUUGACUUUUUUUUGGAGAGAUUUGAUAUUUUUGAGAUUCUCUCUUUUUUUUCUAAGGAUUCUGAAGAUUUUUAGAAUUUUUUUGAAGUUCAGAAAAAUCACAAACAUCUGUUUCCAUUUAUUGAAACUUUUGUGGACCUUUUUUUAAAUUAUGAGAUCAGAGACUUUUAGAAUCUGAAAUUAGCUUGAUAUUGACUGCAAAAUUUUAUUUGGUAUCUAAAUUUUUAAAUUUUCUGUAAAUUUCAAAUAAAUUUUACGUACAGUCGGAGAUUUGAACUUUAAAAUUUUUUUUUUGAAAUUUUUUCCCCAGGGAAGUACUGUAGGGGGUUUGCUCGUAGUGUUUGCUGUUUGGUGCAUUCAGAUUUUUUCGAGACAUUUUUUUCUUUGAAGUAAGGAAUUUCAAUUUUUCUGAUAAGCUUCCUCUUAAAUCUCAAAUUUGUAAAUCAAAAUUUCAGAACUACCUGAAGUUUUCUGCUUCACAAGUUUUUCAAAAUUUUUCAAUUCGACUCUUCUCUGAAGAUAAAUUUCUCUCAACUUUUCUUUUAAAUUUCAAGUUUGAUUUUUGAACUUCAAAAUCUAUCAAAAAAAGUUCAAAAAACCAGAACAUAUGUGAGGCUUCUUAAUUUUCAAAUAUCAUAUUUUUUGUCAAAAAAUGUUUUUUUCUUACCAAAAAGAUUUCUAGAACUUUUCUUAUAAAAAAAAAAAAAAAAUGACCUGAACCAACUUUUUCGGAAGUGUUAACCAAUUCUGACUUUCUGAAAUUUUAAAUUUCAAAUGUUUUCCUUCUCCAAGCUUUUUCAAAAAAAAUGUUCCAAUUUAAAACCAAUCUUCUCAUCUCCCGAGAUACUACAAAUAUUGAUUACAACAUAAAAUUGGUUUUAAUGUAAUGUGUCAUAUCUUUUUUGUGCUCCUCUUCUUUUUUCUGUGAACCUUUCUAUUUUCUGAGGAUUUUUCAAUCAAAAAUGGGAGUAAGUCUUUCUUUGCUGGAUUAGAAAUAUACAUAAUAUAUUAGGAAGCCACCAGAAAAUCCAUAUUCUCUUCUAGUGAAUUUUAAAUUUUUCUUCAGCGGAGGGGAAAAAUUGGAAAACAUAUUCAUGUUCAUUUUUCAAAUUGUCUUCCGGGAAAAUAUUUAUUUUCAAAAAAAAAAUAAAAUUUCAGAUGCUAGCUGCGCGUGGAGUUUCUCUGGGCCUGGGGAAAAUCAAUUUAUCUGAUUUGAACCAACUUCCACAAGAUCGAUUAUUGGCGGCACAGUUGAAAAAAGAGGAGAAAAUCAAGAAGCCUAAAAUUAUUAUCAAGAAAAAAGCGGAUGCUAAGGUUGGUGGAAUAUUUUUUUUGGGGAAUUUUUUUUGGGGAGGUACAAAGUUUUGAAAUAAUCCUGGAUUAUGAAAUUCAUUUUUUGUUUUGCGGACAAGUUUUGAAAGAAGAACUUUUUCUGUUUCUAGAAUUUUUUUGAAUCCUGAUUUUUAUUCUUAAGAAAACCAAAGUUUUAGAAAAAAAAUUUUCUAUGAAAACUUUUUUGGCAAAUUUUGAAUUGAGCCCAAAUUUUCAGAAGGGAAGGAAUCUAAACAUUUUCAAAAAAAAGUUUCCCAAUUUUUGAAUUUCCGAUUCAGAACUGUUCCCAAAAAAAUCACUUCUUUCUGAAAAUUCAAAAUUUAUAUCUGAAAGUUCAUGGCUACAAAAACUCAAAAAUUUAGAAGAUAAUUUUUUUUUCUGGAAAAUCCGAAAAUUGUAUCCAACUGCGAUUUUAUUACGAAUUUUGAGAAUUCGAAAUAUUUUUAUAAGAAUUCAAAAAAAAAUUAUUCUUGGGCGUUUUUUAAUUUUGAAAAAUCAAAUUGAAACGUUCGUAAUUAAAGUUUCCUUUUAAAUUUCCCUCAAAUUUUUCCCGCCAAAAAAAAUCAUGAAAAAGUUUAGCAGACCCCAUCCUUCCGUUUCUUUCUUAUGUACAUCGAUAUUUUCUAUUUUUUUGGAAUUCAAUUUUUCUCUCACUUAUUUUUCAAACAAUUCUUUCUGGAAACGACGAAUUCCCAAACGUAUUUUUAUCGAAGGGUGCUACUCACUAAUUUUCGUCUACUUUUCUCAAACUUUUUUCCCGACUCAUUUUUUGCCGGAAAUUUCAUUCGGAAGUGUGCUUUUGAAUGCGAAAAGCAAAGCCAAGAAGAAAAUAAGAAUAGAACAUUUCUUGUUACUUACUCCAAAACCCUUUUAAUUUAAUUGAAUUGGUGUUAGAAACCUCUCUUUUUUCAUUCUAGCCUUUAUUCUAUCUGAAAAAAAAUGUCGAAAAAGUGUUCGUAUUCACGAGUUGCGACAAGUAUUGCUGAAUCUUGUGGUGAUGAAUCGAUGGCUUUGGCGAUUUAUGAAUCGCUGCUCAAACAUAAAAAGGUUGGCGGUUUUGAAAUUUGAAUUUUUCGUUUUCAGAAAAUUUUUCUGAAAAUGAAAAUAAAUAGAAAUUGGAGGCAUUUUUUGAGAUCUACCAUUCUGAAAUUUUCAGCCCAAAAUUUAGAAUGUUACACUCUUAUUCUCAAAGCUGAUUUUUUCUAGAUCCAAAAAUUCUAGGCCUGAUUUUUAUGGGCCUACCUAAAAUUUGGGUUCAUUUUUAAGGUUUCAAUCUAGGUUUAAUGUUAAGCCUGAUGCUCCAGGCUAAAUUACAAGCCUGAAUCUGGAAAAAUUUGAGUUACAGUUUUUCAACCGAAACUUAAGAAUCUUAAAUUUUUCUGAAAAAUUUUUAGAGAUGAAAUUUGAUUCGUCUCAAAAUUUAGGCAUAAAAAUUGCAUUUCAAAUUUCAAAACAUUUUUCUGAAAAUGAAAUUUUUUAAAAUAAAGGAUUUUAAGCCUAAAUUUAAAAAGCUUCUUGAUCCCAAAAUCCUAGGCCUAAUAUUUCUGGGCCUAAAAAAUUAAUUGGGUUGAUUUUUAAAGCCUUAAAACCCUUAAAAAUCAGCCAAAGAACACAACACAAAAGCCAUCUUGCCAAAAAAAAAGCUUUAAAAAAUUCGGUGCAUUUCUAAAUCUUCCUCACAUUUCAUUCUAUUUCAUUCAUUUUUCUCACACAUUCAAGCUCAUCCUUCUUAUUUAUUUUUUUUUGGUUGUUCGCCAUUUUUUUUGUCAGUCUACUACGACUCAUUAAAAAACACACAAGAAAGAAUUUCAAGUAUUCUUGAAAAAUAAAUAGAAAAUAUUUGUAUUUGGAAUUUUUAUGUGAGUAGCAAAAAUAUUAUUUUUGUUAUUUAUUUUUUGCGAUUGAGAAUGGUGAGUUCUUGAUUUUUUUUAAAGAUUUUGGGAUUGCUCAUGUUAAACUCUUCUAGAAAUUCAGAGUUUACCAUGAGCAAUGAUUUGAAAAUUGCUUCUGUUAUGUUGACUUGUUGAUCUGAGCAAUACUUGGCGUUGGCGAUUUUAGGUAUUGCUCAUUUUAAAUUAAUUUUUCCUCAGUAGAUAGAUUUUAACAGGUAGAUUUUAACAUGAGCAAUGAUCAAUUUUUGUUCUGAUAUUGCUCAUAUUAAAUGAGCAUUCAAAUUUGGAACAUUUUGAGCCAAGAUUCGGCUAAACUCGGCUUAAGAACUUUACUUAACCUUAAAAAUUUAAGUUUUCUAGAAAAAAUAUCUGAAAAAAAUCAAUUUUUUCUCAAAAAAAGAAAAGCCAUGAUUUUUUCUCACAAGACAAAAAUGUCUAAUAAGAUUAGGCAGUUAGUUCAGAGCAGCUUUUCCCUGAGCUAUAGAGAAGUUAGACAGCAAAAGGAGGUGCUCUUUUUGUACUCCGACUUGUUUAUUUUAUAAUAAUAAUAAGCAUACACUAUAUUUUGUGCUCAUAUUUGUUCAAAGUCUUGUUCAAAACAUGUCAACUCCAAAUAAUAUUCCAAAAAAUAACAAGAAAAUUCGUAAAAAGUUUCUACUUUCCACUUAUUAUCGAGAUAAUAAAAAGGUAAGCUUGGUGAGGUUUUGAAAAUAAUUGAGUGGCUAUUAUUAUAACUUUUCCGGAGGGUUGCCAAGGAUACGGGAAAAAGUUGUGAAAAAUUUUCGAAAUAUUUAUUUACAUAGAAUGUUAUUUCAGACUGUUUGGGCGGCUUGUCGAGCUGUGAUUUUUGGAUGUAUUAUUAUUGUUGUUGGAUUGUCGAUGGCGGUUUUGGGAUAUUUUGAUAUUCAUUUUUCAGAGGUAUGGUUUUUAUAAAAUUACAGGAAAAUUUUUCUGGCCUAAAUUUUUGGUUGGAAAUAUUGAUUUUCAGAAAUUUUCAUCGAUUUUCAGUAGUUUCAGCUUUUUCAGCGCAAAAUUUUGAUAUAGAAAUAUAUUCUGAAAUUCUUUUUCAAACUUCAAACAAAAAUCUGAAGCUCUCAAAAAAUGUCAAAUUCCAGAAAUCUCUUCCUAGAUGAAGUUUUUGAGCUGAAAAUGCUGGAAAUAUUGAUUUUCAUUGAUUUUCAGUAGUUUCAGCAUUUUCAGCGCGAAAUUUUGAUGUAGAACGGUGUUCUUCUAACUUCUUGAUCCAUUAUCAGAAGGCUUCAAAAAAUGUAAAAUUUCAGAAAUCUCUUUCUAGACUAAAUUUUUCAGCUGUAAAUGCUGGAAAUAUUGAUUUUCAGUAAUUUUCAGUAUCUCAAGCAUUUUCAGCCUAAAAUUUUGAUCUAAAAAAAAUUCAGAAAAUGAAAAUUUUUGGCGCCAAAAUAAAUUUCAUUUUUAAAUUUUUCAUUUUUCAGCGAGUUCGACUAGAUUCAAAUGGUUCUCAAGUAAUAACACACGAUAAAUUCAUACAAUAUCAAUUGAAAAGUAUGCAAGUAAGUCCCCAUCUUCUCAUUUUCCCCCGAAAAAACAUUCGUAUUUAUUUUUAGUACCUCGGUCCAAUUUUAAUGGGAAUUGGCUCAUUCAUCCUAAUUAUCGCAUGUGUUGUAACAUUAGAAAGUCGAGAUAAACACGCUCAAAUAAUCACCGAAGAAUCGAUUUUGCAAAAAAGACGGAAACGUGCCGCUUCGGCCGCCGCGGCAGAACAAAAUACAACAUUUGUGGAUGACGAUGAGAAGGAGACUUUUGUAGCGAGUGGAAAUUGUGCGGUGACAACGUUUCGGGAGGAGGAGGAGCAGGAUUCGGAAAGGAGGAAGUUUGUGGCACUUGAUGCGAAUCGAUUGGCACCGCUGGCUGAUGUUGAUUCGUUGACUGAUAUUUCGAUUACGAAUAGGAGUAGAAUACGUGGGUUUUUGAACAUUUUUGAAUUGAAAAAGUUUGUGGUAAAAAAUCAAUCCGCAUCAAAGCCAGUUUCCCAAAAAUUUCAAAAUUUUAUUUUUAGCUCAGGAUAGUUUUGACCAAAAACACAUAGGAGUACGGUAAUGAACUGUGUAAUUUAAAGAAAAAAAAAUAAGCAGUCCCCAAAAAAAAAGCAGUCCCAAAUUUUGUUUGGGUCUGCAAAUUAUUUAUUGACCAUUUUGUGGUCUGCAAAUAAAAAGUCGCGUAGUUCAGUGGUAAAUCUCUGGUUUUUGGAUCUGAGGGUGACGAGAUCAAUUCCACAUGCAAACUUUUAUUUAUUUUUUCUCAUGUUCGAACAACGAUUUUUCAAAAAAAAAUUCUGUUAAUUUUUUUUGGAACUUUAAAAAAUUGAUCAUAAAAUUCAGAAAAAGAACCUAGAAUUUUGUUUUGAUUUUUCUUUCAUUCGAAAUAUGAGUUGAAUUUUCUGACCUACAAAAUGAUCAAAAACUUAUGAAUUAAAAUUUUUGAAACGCAAUUUCAACCAGAAAUUCAAAAAAAAAUGUAUUGUGAACCAAAAAUUUGCCAAUCUAAAUUCUGAACCCUCAAAACCCUUCAUUUUUUCAGAAUCCGACGAAACGCCGUGCCUCGAAUAA